CGUGACCGUUUCCCCUAUACCCCUCUCUCUUUCACACGGUACAACACUCUCUCUUUCACUCUCAACUUUCCCUUUCUUCUUACUCUCAACCCCACUCCUUCACCAUAGUUGGACCACUGAAGCUCAGGAAAGGGUAAAAUAAAAAUGCCAAAGAAAAGGAAAACUAAGGAAGUAAAUCAACCGGAGCUUCAUAUUGUUAACUAUCUUGGAGAUCCAAAUCAUGCUUCAAGGAUGUUGAUGUGCGAUCAUUUACACCCGCCGGAUCCAUAUAACCAAAUUGUUGAGGCACAGUUACGCGAGACUGGAUUUUAUUAUGUAUCACAAAUUGGAGUUAUUAAAGGCCAGUCAGCAAUGAUUAAUGCUCUGAUUGAGAGAUGGCGGCCCGAGACUCAUACUUUCCAUUUUUCGGUUGGUGAGUGUACCGUGACCUUGGAGGAUGUGGCGGUAAUUCUCGGUCUGCCAACAAAUGGUCUUCCGGUUACAGGUCCGACCAUGAGUAGCUUUGAGGCAUUGGAAGCCGAGUGCUUGCACCAAUUUGGAAUUGCACCCAGCAAAAAUGAAUGUAGAGGGAGCUUUAUAAAAUUAACGUGGUUUAGGGGUGUGAGAGAUCGUAUAGUGUUGAAUGAUGAACAUACUUUACUAGGUAAGAUCGUUAUAGUCUUAUUUUUCGCUAUUCCAUCUACGUAA